AUGCCGAAGAGAGCGCCUCGAAUCUCAGAUGAAGUAUGGGAACGACACAAAGAGGAGAUUAUCGCGCUGUACUCUGCGUCAAACUUGACUCUGGAGCAGACGAGAGUCCGGAUGGAAUCGAACCAUGGUUUCCAGGCGAGCCAGAACCAGUAUACUAAACGGUUAAAGGACUGGGGAGUCACCAAGAAUUCCCCGACAAAUAUAUGGCCGACAGUCAAUGCGAAGAUGAAGAAACGAAAGCGUGAGGAGGGCAAGGACAGCGAAGUCUCGCUUCAUCAUAAACCACUGUCGAGCAAGAAGGUGCAAAAGGAGAUUGCACGCCAUGUCACCUUCACACAGACACUUGGAAACUUGGAGUCUGCACCAACCCCCGAGGGAGUGACCAUUUCCACUCCGGCAUGUAUUUCAAUUCCUGGAUAUCGUGAGGUCUAUACGAAGAAUCUGCCCUCGCUGCGAUUGAGAGAUGAGGUUCUAUCCAAUUUUCAGAAUAUGCUGAAACAUAAAGAUUCUGAUUCUGGGUCCCUCUUCAUAUGGCACGGAUAUCACAACCCAUCAGACAACGGUCGUGGCUCGACAAAGACUGUGGGCCUUCCGGAUUCAUCAAGCUGGGAACUUGAACGAAUACAACGCCUUCAAUGCUAUGUGGAAAAGGUCUCUGGCUCAACUGAAGAAUGGCAGAAAUGGGUGGCGUUCCACAGUUCAAACUGGAUCCAGGGAGCAUGGGACAAUCGGGAUUCUCCGUCGACCCUGGCAUCCAAUAUCACCUCUUUGGUUUUCAUGCUCGCCAACAAUAUCCUUUUGGAUGAUGAGAUCGGCAGAAUCGCCAGUUUCCUUCGGGCAAAUAACGCGCUCACUCUUCUCGUUGAUUUCUGUCUUUCGACAUCACCUUUGGCCAGAAUCUUCGGGAAAAGACUCUUCAUUGGUGCUGUCAAAUCAAAAGACUGUGCAACUGUUCAACGACUUAUCGAAGGAGGAUUCAAUCCAAGCUUGGUGUCCAAAAGCACGGAUCUUCUUGAAAUAGCAGUUGACAACAUGGACUCCCCAAUGGUUGAUUUGUUGUGUAAAGCGGGUGCAAAGUUUCGAGACAAUGAAUAUGCAUCGCUGCUUACUAAACCAUCUUUCUGGGAGCCAGGCAAUUUCAAGAUGGUGCAAACGCUUGUUGCCUUUGGGGCCAUUACGGAAUUAUCUCUCAAGAACGCCGGCCAUCAAGGGUCAUCUCUGAUCUAUGCCGCAUCAUCAGGGAGCCUGACCGCUGUACACUUGCUGCUAUGCAAGGGUGCAAACGUCAAUGCCUAUAUAUCCGACAAAUAUGGUACAGCACUGCAGGCUGCAGCUGCAGGAGGCCAUCUAGAGCUGGUUGAAAUGCUUAUUGAAUCGGGGGCCGACGUCAAUGCCCCUGAUGGUCCUGGAUAUGACCGGGAACCCUCAACCUACUUUGACCACUCUGGAAAGAUCGCCAUGCAAACGUCAAUACAGACUGCCGCCGAACAAAACAAUAUCCAGCUGGUUCAAACCUUGUUAGUAAAUGGGGCAUCUCCGAAUUCUUGCCCCAGGCCUACCCGGUACUGCCAUCCGAUAAACCCCUGGUCCCUGAGAAGUUCUCUCCAAUACGCGGCUACAAAUGAGAAUCCCGAGCUUCUGGCUCUGCUCCUCUCAUAUGGGGCUCAGCCAGACCCCGAUGUCGGAAUGUCUUAUGGCCAUACAGCCCUCCAGAUAGCAGCCGGAGUGGGAAAUGAAAGAAUUGUUUCAUUACUGCUUGACGCCGGAGCCGAUGUGAAUGCUCCUCCUCAUAAACCCAAUGACAAAACAGUGAUUGAAAUAGCACUUGGAAAAGGUCACUAUGCUAUUGCGGACAUUUUGGCCCGGCAUGCUGCACUGCGGGGAACCCCUACUAUGGAUCCAAGAGAAUUCGAUGACCCGCAGGCUGCAGCGUUGAAAGAUGACGGAAGGAUUGGUCUUCUGCAUGCAAUUUAUGACGAGAACCUCACGAUUCUGGAAACUUUAAUCCAAAAUGGUGCAGAUGUUGAUCCUUUGGUGGACUAUUUCGAAGAGACUCCGCUCUAUCAAGCUAUCAAGGACGGUUGGUUUGAUGGGGUAAAGUGUCUAUUGGAACAUGGUGCUCAAGUGAAUAAGUAUGCCCCGACCUUCGAUGAUGUUCUUGCGCCCGACAGUGCGUUGGCACUGGCAAUUCAAGGAAAUUUCGAGGAAAUAGUGGAGUUGCUCCUGGGCUAUGGCGCCGAUGUAACCGGUCACAGCAAAUAUGGCCCAUCCAGCGCUCUGAAUUAUGCACUAUGCCUUUUUGACAACGAGGAGAUCAUCAGCCAGCUUCUGAACACCGACGGGGUCUUGACAGUCACACAUCUCGAUCUACCACCUCUUGCAGUGGCUACGUUCCAAUGUCAGGAUAAGGCAAUCCUUGAGCUCAUCCUUGACGAGAUGGUAGCUCUCCCAAAAUCAUUACGGGAUGAGCACAUCCAAAUUGCAUGGGACAUACUACUAGCCAAUGAAGACCGGGUCAAUUACUACUGGCUCCAUGAUAUGGGAGCCAUAGACGUCUUGCUGAAGAAUGGCGCCGAUAUCAAUUCACGACACCAUGAUGACAAAACAACAGUUCUAACUCGAGGCAUCCGGGCACCAGCUGAAUGUAUUUUGGAUCUGAUUGAGAAUGGAGCUGAUGUGAAUACACCUGCCACGGAAAAUAACGGAACACCCCUUCAAGAAGCAAUGCAAUGGGGUAACUGGGAUACCAUCAACCUACUGCUGGAGCACGGUACGGAUAUAAAUGCGCCACCAGCAAGAAACGGCGGUCGGACAGCUCUCCAGGCAGCUGCAAUUCACGGCUACGUCGCCAUCGCCAUCACACUCCUGCAACGAGGUGCAGUGGUUGAUGAGCCAGCAGCUCCAAUUGGUGGGAUAACAGCCAUUGACGCAGCUGCCAAAUAUGGCCAGUUGGACAUGCUACAAUUAUUGCUCAAUGAAUAUCGUGGGUCCGAGGAUAUACAGGUUGUUUGCAGAAGGGCAGCGGUUUUUGCGGACGAGAAAGGACAUGUGGAAAUUGCCGAGUGGCUGAGGGGAUAUCCUGAUGCUUCACUCUGGUAG